AUGGCGAGUCCUGGCGAGCUGCAGACCCCGGCCACCGCCGUCGCCUCCUUCGACUACCUGGUGAUCGGCGGCGGCUCGGGAGGGCUGGCCAGCGCGCGGCGGGCGGCGGAGCUCGGCGCCAGGGCCGCGGUGGUGGAGAGUCACAAGCUGGGUGGCACUUGCGUGAACGUGGGAUGUGUCCCCAAAAAGGUGAUGUGGAACACAGCUGUCCACUCAGAAUUCAUGCACGAUCACACGGAUUAUGGCUUUCAGAGCUGUGAGAGCAAAUUCAGUUGGCGUGUCAUCAAGGAGAAGCGUGAUGCCUACGUGAGCCGCCUGAACACCAUCUACCAAAACAACUUAACCAAGUCCCACAUAGAAAUCAUCCACGGCUAUGCAACGUUUACAGAUGGUCCUCAGCCCACGGUCGAAGUCAAUGGACAAAAGUAUACUGCACCUCACAUCCUGAUUGCCACAGGUGGCGUGCCCACCGUUCCUCAUGAGAGCCAGAUCCCAGGUGCCGGCUUGGGAAUAACCAGUGACGGGUUUUUUCAGCUGGAAGACCUGCCCAGCCGCAGUGUCAUUGUGGGCGCGGGUUACAUCGCCGUGGAGAUCGCUGGCAUCCUCUCCGCCCUGGGCUCCAGGACGUCUCUUCUGAUAAGACAUGAUAAGGUUCUUAGAAACUUUGAUUCCCUCAUCAGUUCCAACUGCACCCAGGAGCUGGAGAAUGCUGGCGUGGAGGUGCUCAAGUUCUCACAGGUUAAGGAAGUAAAAAAGACACCAUCCGGCUUGGAACUCCAAGUGGUUACUGCAGUUCCUAGUAGGAAACCCACCACGACCGUGAUUCCAGAUGUUGACUGCCUGCUCUGGGCCAUCGGACGGGACCCAAAUUCUAGGGGCCUGAAUCUAAGUAAAGUGGGGAUUCAGACGGAUGAAAAAGGCCAUAUCAUCGUAGACGAAUUCCAGAAUACCAGUGUCAAAGGCAUCUAUGCUGUGGGAGAUGUCUGUGGGAGAGCGCUUCUCACCCCAGUUGCGAUAGCUGCUGGCCGGAAGCUGGCCCACAGGCUUUUUGAAUGCAAAGAAGACUCCAAGUUAGACUAUGACAACAUCCCUACCGUGGUCUUCAGCCACCCCCCCAUUGGGACAGUGGGGCUCACUGAAGAUGAGGCCAUUCAUAAAUACGGAAAAGAUAAUGUGAAAAUCUACUCAACUGCCUUUACCCCAAUGUAUCAUGCUGUGACUACAAGGAAGACAAAAUGCGUGAUGAAAAUGGUCUGUGCUAACCAAGAGGAAAAGGUGGUCGGGAUCCACAUGCAGGGAAUUGGGUGUGAUGAAAUGCUCCAGGGCUUCGCUGUGGCGGUGAAAAUGGGGGCCACCAAGGCCGACUUUGACAACACGGUUGCCAUUCACCCUACCUCUUCAGAAGAGCUGGUCACACUCCGCUGAGAGCCCAGGGACUUGUCUGGGUAGCAGCCGGACCAGUAGACCUCUGAGAUGAACCGAUGUAUCAAGUUUACUUCCUGCUCCAGCUUUAUAUAUUUCUUCAUUUUAAUCAGGAUCUUCUGAUAGUGAAAAAAAAAAAGAAUUUAUUUAUCUAAUCAGAAAUUUGUUUUGUUAAUCUGGGGUUGGUUUUCAUGUGAUAAUAUUUCACAGUAAUUAAUAUUUUUAAUUCCUUAUUAACAUCCCUGUGCUGGUUCUGUUUUUCCUGUUUCAACCUCAUUCCAAGUAUAAAUGUAUAUGAAGUACAGUGAAGUUAAUGCACCUGAAUACAGCUGCCUUUUUUUUUUUUUUUUUUUUUUGACAGUGUUUCUCUAUACAGCCCAGGGUGGCCUCAAACUUAAGAUCCUCCAGCUAUAGCCUCACGGGCAUUGGAAUUAUAGGAAUGCAUGGCCGUUCCUGGCCUAGCUCAUUAGUUUUAUAUGAUGGUAAGUCUCCAUCUAUAAAUAUGCAGGUAUACAGAAUAUAUGUGUGUUGUUGAACAGGCUGUUUUUAUUCUGUGUAUUGCAAAGCUGCCCUGAGGAUGUGACCUAACUUCAUUUUAUUCUUUGCUCUGUUCUCAAUGAUUUAGAAUGGUUUGUGUUAUUUUCUUAUGAAAUGAAGUGCAUUUGAAGUUAGGAGAGCUGAGGCUGUUAAAUCUGUGAGCAGAUUCUGGAGAUGAUUGUGCCUUCAGGAGGGGUAGGCUGAGCCACUCCAGGAGGCCUGCCUUCUGAGCACUCAUGGUUCAGUCGAUCAUUUCAGUAGUUCUGUGGUUUUGUCAUUUUAUUAUUAUUUUUUUUUAUGAGAACUGUUCCAAGAAUUUGAAAACCUGCUGCGAUGUCUUAUAAAAUUUAUUAUGAACUUAA